AUGGAUUUUGUUGGAGAAAUAGUUGAACACGAAAUUGAGGCUCCAGAACCACCAAACGCAAACGUCUCACUAACUGGGUUCCCAGAUGCUAAAUCAAAAGAUGGUCAAAAGAUUUCGAGAUGGAAAUUAAAGAGCAAAUUAGACAAACCUGAAAAAGCAGAUUCACAACCAAAAGAACAAAUUCAAGAUGAUCCAGAGCAAAAUCUUUCUGAGGCGGAAAAAAUUGAUAGAGAGAAUAAGGAAAGACUAUCUAGAAUGUCUGAAAGUGAAAUACUAGCGGAGCAACAAGAACUUUUGAAAAAUUUAAACCCUAAAUUGGUUCAAAGUCUAAUAAAUAGAUCAAAGAAAAGAGAAGAGGCAAAUGAGAGAAAGAAAAGUCUAGAUCACAAAGAUCACAACCAUAGUCAUGAUCAUCAUCAACAUGCAGAGGGUUAUAAUGGAUGGAUUGGAGAGAUGAAAACAAAUAAAGGAAUAACAGAUUUGUCUCAAUUAAAUAAAGAAGAUGUAAAUAAAGCACUAGGUAUAUCUGAUAAGAAAGUCAAAUUUGAUGAUGAUAACGUUAAAACAAUAAAUUAUGAAGAUUUAGAUGAUAAUAUGGAAUUGGAUCCAAAUGGAUGGGAAGAUGUAACAGAUGUAAAUCAAUUAAUGAAUUCAAAUGCAGUAGCACCUGAAGGCUAUCAAUUAAAUAAUGAUGAUGAAGAGGAUGAAGAACCAAAUGAUACAGUACAUUUUACAAAACCUAAAAAUGAAGAUAUAGAUUUAGAUGAUCCAAAAUUUUUCGAUAAAUUACAUGAAAAGUAUUAUCCAGAUUUACCUAAAGAAACAGAAAAAUUAUCAUGGAUGACAAAACCACUACCGGCUCAGGUAUCAACAACGUAUGAAAGUAUAUCAGAUAUGAGAUUCGACUUUAAAGGAAAUUUGAUACAAAUCAGUAUAAAUGAAGAAACUGAAGACUCAAAGGGAGUCCCAACUUAUUUAGGUUUACAUCAUCAUUCAGAAAAUCCUCAAUUAGCAGGUUAUACUUUAAGUGAAUUAACUCAUUUAUCAAGAUCAGUUUUACCAGGUCAGAGAUGUUUAAGUAUACAAACAUUAGGAAGAAUACUACAUAAACUAGGUAAACAUGAAUUUAAUAUUCUACCUAUUACUGAAGAAGAAGAGAAUCAAGAUAUCAAAAAUAUGAUAAGUACAUUUGAAAAAAUGAUGUGGGAUUUAAUUGAUGAACUAAGAAUUGUUGAAUCCUUGGAGGAAGCUGCUGAUGAGAAGAAAACUAAAAAUUUGUCAGUCAGAAAUUAUGCUAUCGAAGCAUUAUGGCUUUUAAAAACCGGUGGAGGUAGACCGAAACAAAGUGAGGAUACUGUUAUAGAAAUUAUGUAA